CCGUCCCCAUCCUGUCCCUGCUCGUCUCUCCCAGGAGAAGAGGGGCUUUUAAUCCAAGUGGAUUACGAUUGCAAAUUGGGCGAGCGGCUACAAAAUCUCCAUCAGGCUGCCAGCAGCGUUGUCCUCUUGCUAGCGUGGACGCUGAGGUGGACAACUGGCUGCUGGUGUCACGAGUAAGAAGAUGGACGAAGGGUCAGGAAUGUCUCCAUUGGACUUGAAGGCUUGAGAAGCUCUCUGUGAUGAGGACAUGAGGAAGCCAUGUCCUCCUCCCUAACCUGACCACCUUCCCAGAGCGAGCGUCUCCUGACUGGAAGCAGGAUGGACCAGAGGAUCAAACUUCAGGGAAUUGUGGGAUUCUUCUUGCUGUGGGCGACGGUUCAAGCACAGAUGAAGAUCCCACCUGAGACAGUGCAGCAGUGGGCGUCCGUCUUCUCCACGCAGCUGCGAGAUCUUUCCACCCAGUACUCAGGAUCUCUGCUCCUGCAGAAGAAACUGAAGGACGUGGAGUCCAUCAUCAAGAUAGUGGACCUGGACGGAGGAGACCUGGUGAAGGAUUAUGCGGAUGAAAUAGAACGCAUGCUGGGCAGCAAAAUGAAAUCCGUCAAGAGGUUAGCAGAGUCCGCAGAAGACGCCGACCUGUACCACGAGUUCAACGCCUCCUUAGAGUUUGACUACUACAACUCCAUGCUCAUCAACACCGCGGACGAGGACGGCAACUACGUGGACCUGGGCGGCGAGUUCCCCCUGGAGGAGAACGAGCACUUCAACAAGAUGCCCGUCAAUACGCAGCAGAGCAACAUCCAGGUGCCCACCAACGUCUACAACAAAGAUCCCAACAUCCUCAACGCCAUCUACAACUCGGAGGCACUCAAUGACGUUUUCAUCGCGAACUUCCAGAAGGACCCCACGCUGACGUGGCAGUACUUUGGCAGCUCCACUGGCUUCUUCAGGAUCUACCCUGGCAUCAAAUGGACUCCAGACACAAAUGGGGUGGCAGCUUUUGACUGCAGAAACCGAAACUGGUACAUCCAGGCGGCCACGUCUCCCAAGGACAUCAUCAUCAUGGUGGACAUCAGCGGCAGCAUGAAGGGUUUGAAGAUGACCAUCGCCAAGCACACCAUCAACACCAUCCUGGACACACUUGGAGAGAACGACUUUGUCAACGUCAUUGCAUACACAGACUACGUGCGCUAUGUGGAGCCAUGCUUCAAAGGAACUCUGGUCCAGGCUGACUUGGACAAUAGAGAGCACUUCAAGAUGUUGGUGGAAGAGCUGCACGUGAAAGGAGAAGCAAAGAUCAAGAACGCUAUGAAGGAGUCCUUCAAGAUCCUCAGUGAGGCGCGGGCCAACGGUCUGGGCAGCAUGUGCAAUCAGGCCAUCAUGUUGAUCACAGACGGCGCCAUGGAGGACUUUGAGUCCGUCUUUGAGGAGUUCAACUGGCCCGAGCGCAGGGUGCGAGUCUUCACGUAUUUGAUCGGCAGAGAGAUGACCUUCGCCCAGAACACCAAGUGGAUCGCCUGCAACAACAAAGGCUACUACACGCACGUGUCAACGCUGGCCGACGUGCAGGAGAACGUCAUGGAAUAUCUGCACGUGCUCAGUCGGCCAAUGGUCAUCAACCACGAUCAUGACAUCAUCUGGACAGAAGCCUACAUGGACACUGUGCUUCCCAAAACCAAAGAGCUCUUCAAUACCAAAGCUCAGAGUCUCCUGUUGAUGACCUCAGUGGCCAUGCCUGUCUUCAGCAAGAAGAAGGAGACGCUGUCCCAUGGGAUCCUCCUGGGCGUGGUAGGCUCCGAUAUCCCCCUCAUGGAGCUGAUGAAGCUGGCGCCCAGAUACAUGCUGGGAGCUCACGGCUACGCCUUCCUCAUCACCAACAACGGCUACAUCCUGGCCCACCCUGACCUUCGACCUCUGUACAAGGACGGGAAGAAGCUGAAGCCAAAGCCCAACUACAACAGCGUGGAUCUGUCCGAGGUGGAGUGGGAGGACACAGAGGAGAUGCUCAGGACCGCCAUGGUGAGGGGCGAGACAGGAACUCUGGGUCUGAACGUCAAAGCGUCCGUGGACAACGGGAAAAGACCUCUGUUCCUCGCCAACGAAUAUUUCUACACAAACAUUGAUGACACACCUUUCAGCUUUGGCAUGGUGCUGACCCGAGGUCACGGGACGCUUAUGUUCGUGGGCAACGUGUCUGUGGAAGAAGGGCUGCAUGACCUCACCUCCCCAGACCUCAGCAUUGCCACCGAGUGGACUUAUUGCGAGACAGACAUUGACCCCGCCCACCGCAAGUACUCUCAGCUGCAGGCCGCCAUUCGCUACCUGCUGGGGAAGGAGCCUGAUCUGGAGUGUGACGAGCUUCUGCUGCAGCAAACCUUGUUCGAUGCCGUGGUGACAGCGCCCAUGGAGGCCUACUGGAACGCCCUGAUGCUCAACGACAGGGUGGAGCCGGGCAUCGAGACGGCUUUUCUGGGUACUCGCUCCGGCCUGAUGAGGAUCGUGAGAUAUGCCGGCGUGGAGACGCGAGUGGCAAAAAAGUUCCUGACCCCUGUUGAUAAGGACAACCUGUUCACCAUCGAUCAUUUCCCGCUGUGGUACCGACUUGCCGUGGAAAACCCUCCUGGAAGCUUCUUCUACUACCCCGUCAAUGACAAAGGCAUGAAGUACGUGGUGGCCACCACUGCGGUCACCGUGUCAUCACAAGGGAAGACCGCCAUCGCUGGAGCCGUGGGCCUGCAGAUGUCCUUGGACUUGCUGGAGAAAAGAUUCUGGGGCAUCACCAAGCAGGACAGUGACACCGAUUGCUCCAACAUUGAAGGAUUAUGUCCUCUCAGCUGCGAAAGCCCUGAACUGAACUGCUUCCUGGUGGACAACAAUGGCUUCACCCUGCUGUCCAAGGACAGGAAGGAGAUCGGUCGCUUCUUCGGCGAAGUGGAUGGUUCCGUCAUGGCGACGCUCAUCAAAAUGGGAAUGUUCAAAAAAGUGUCGUUGUUUGACUACCAGGCUAUGUGCAAGAACAGUCACCACCACGCCAGCAGCGCACGUCCUCUGCUCAGCCCGUUGUACGUAGUUGUGGCGUUGCUGCGAUGGAUCUUCUCCAACGCUGUCAUGUUCGUGCUGGACUUUAACUUCUGUGCUUUGUGGCACUCUGACUACUUUGUGGACGCUCACAAGCAGAAGAAGGUGGAGGCCAUGGUCCCGUGUGAGACGGCCUACACGGCGUUCAUGGCCGACUCGUCUGUGAGGGAGGCCAACAGCAUCAUCAAGUGUGGACGCUGCCAGAAGUACACACACACACACACACACACACCUGUCUUUUACCUAUGUGUUGUGCUCAUGAACCACACAGGUGUCCAAACGUUUUCCCAGCGAGGGCCACGUUUGUCUUUGUAAAUUUUCAUUUGGUAUUAUGAGGACUUUAUUCCCAAAAUAUUAUAGCUUUUUUUCCCAAAACUGAUUUUCCAAAAAUUACCACUUUAUUUUGUUUUUUCUCAUACGACUUUAAGCCUUCUGACUCGUUAGUACCCAAAAGGGUAAUAAAAGGAUAAAAAUUGGACUUUGUUGUGCAAUUUUGUGCACAGAUUGCUAAAUUUAAAUGUUAGCGGGAUGAAAGUAAGCCAGUGAGCUUUCGAGACGUCAUACGCCCAUAUGACGUAAUCCCCAGGGUUCUACGGGUCACCUGUUUGGAAUCCGAAAUACAAGCAAAAUCAAUUUGAAUAGUGCCCCCUUUCGGCCCAUAUACUCUCACUAUAAACAGCUAUUUUUGAUGUUCAAUAAUCCUGAUACUUAAAAAAAAAUUGUCAACAGAUAAAUCCCAUUCUCGGGAGUCGAGCCUUCGGUGACAUGGUGAAUGGAGCUGUUUCUAAUUUUUUUCACCACUAGAUGGAACCAGAGCCCAACAGUUGCUUUGGAGCCAAAAACAUGGAACUCUUCAUUGACAUACCUGUACAUAUACGGGGGAAAACUUUGUUUUUUGCUAUUACAAUGACCUUCGGAAGCUUGGAUUCAUACAGGUGAAUUGUGUGCGUGUAUCUGUGUGUUCGUGCGUGCACGGGCGCACGCAUCAUCUGUUGAGACGUGCAGAUUAUGCGCAUUUUUGUGCAAUGUCUGCACAAUAAAAGCAUUGAAUUUCACAAAAUCUUAUAUGCUUUUGCAAAAUGCUCGUCAGCGUUCGUCGUUCGAGUACAACUUUUUUAUCCUCAUAACAUUACAGAAGUUUUAUUCUUUUCUGCUGGGUUUUUUUUUUCUUCUUGUAAAUGUUCUUCUAGUAAUAAUGACUUUAUUCCUAUAAUAAUUUGCCUUUAUUUUUAUUACUUUAACUUUUCCCCAACCUAAUUUUCAAAAAAUGACAAAUUUAUUUUGUUUUGUUGGUUUCUCAUAACAUUUUUUCUUCAAUAUCCAUCCAUCCAUUUUCUAUACCGCUUCAUCCUCAUUAGGGUCGCGGGGGCAUGCUGGAGCCUAUCCCAGCUGACUUCGGGCGACAGGCAGGGUACACCCUGGACUGGUCGCCAGCCAAUCGCAGGGCAUUUUCUUCAAUAUUUCAACUCUUAACUACUGAAAUGACAUUAGUUUGCCUCAUAUUACAAGUUCAUUCUCGUAAAAUUGCAACUUUUACAAUACAACUUUUGUCUCAUAAUAUUUUACCUUUAUUUGUGUAACAUUAUGACUUUUUCCCCCAACCUAAUUUCCCAAAGAUUGCAAUUAUAUUUUGUUUCUCAUAAUAUUAUGACUUUAAACAAAAGAAACAUUUUUUUAGUAUUUCAACUGUAUACCACCAAAAUGAUGCUAUUUUUCCUCAACAUAUUACCAGUUUACUGUCGUAAAAUUGCGCCUUUUUCUCAUUAGCAUACAAGUUUGCUUCUCAUAAUGUUGUAUUAUUCUGGUAUAAUUACAGCUGCUUUUUCCAUUUCUGCAUUUUUUUUCUUUUAACUUACUAAUUAUUUUAACUUUCUUGUCAAUGUCCUUCUCGCGAUUAUGGCUUUUUUCUUGUGACAUAACUUUCUCCGCAACUUUAUUGGUUGUUUUUAUAUGACAAGUUAAAAAAAUAUUUUUUUCUUCUUUAAUAUUUCAUCUGUAUAAAAUGUUAUUUUUCUUCAUAUUACAUUAUUACUUUAUUCUUGUGAAAUUUCUUCUGGGUUUUCCAUUUUUGCUGCUCUUGGGUUUUUUUUUAGUAUUGUUAAAUCUUUUUAGAAUGUGCUGCACUUUGAACACCGCUCAUAGAGUCCAUUUGCGAACUUUGUUCCAUUUACUAAUCUAUUUCAUGAGAACUUGAGCCAGUAACAGUUGCUGAUUCCAUCUCUUGACGUGUGUGUUUGUGUGGAGGAUGUUUGUGGUGCAGCAGGUGCCCGACUCCAACUUGGUGUUUGUGGUGACGGAAGCAAACUGUGACUGUUCUCGUCAGUACGGCCCCAUACCACUGCAGCCCAAAGAGAUCAAAU